AAAUGCGACACCUGUUUGAAAAAGCAGCAUCCCUUUGUAACAACUGACAGUGUUCGGAGAUUGCGAGGACUAACACCUCACACCAUCGCCGAAGAUGGAUAUACAUACAAUCUAUACACACAUAUAUAUACACUAGUUUGUGCGGAGAUGUUGAAUGCGUUUAGGUUGCAGGUUUCGAAUCCUGUUGGGUUCAAUUUCAAUUAUCGAGGAAACGGGGCUCUGGUUUCUUCUCGCCGCCGGCUGAGUCUCCGGCUACCCACGCGCCGCCAGUCAGCUUCCUUAACCGUUCGAUCGUUCGAGAAUGCGCCAUCGGAGCCGUCGGUUUCCCCUCAGCUCACCUCCACCGUCGGAUACUCCUAUAACCCCCUUCAGUGGGCCCCCACUCAUCGCCACAUUCAAUUGCUCACUUUCUUCUCAUGCGCCGCAGCAAUUUCUGCAACAUGGCUCUUUUGCUCGGCAAUUCCAACUCUCCUGGCCUUCAAGAGAGCUGCUGAGUCACUGGAGAAGCUAAUGGAUGCGACAAGGGAGGAGCUACCUGGCACAAUGGCUGCCGUUCGAUUGUCCGGUAUGGAGAUCAGUGACUUGACAAUGGAGCUCAGUGACAUUGGCCAAGAAAUAACACAAGGAGUCAGGAGUUCAACUCGGGCCGUUCGAUUAGCAGAAGAAAGAUUGAGGCGGUUGACGAAUAUGAAUCCAAUAGUAUCCGUGCAGGAGAUGGGCCCACGAAAAACCCAAACAGCCGAUCCGGUUCUAGCUAGAAGCGCACGAAGCAUGAGGGAGGGGAUUGUUAAAGGUCGAGCGGUACUGCAAAUGUUUUUCACUCUAACCCGUUAUUCGAAAAUUCUCCUCAACUACUUCAUUUCUCGUGCAAAGGCGUCAUAAUUCAGGUUCAAGUUAGUAAUGCUCUAAGAUAAAUGUUUUAACAUUUGAUCUAAUUUUUUUCCGAUAUUUUUCUUUUUCUGUGCCAGCUGUCAAAUUGUAUGGAUGAUGUUGUUGCUUGUAGGCUUAGUUUGAAUUACCUAGUUUCCAUUACUAAAAAAAUCCAGUAAUUUUAUACAUACUCUUGAUCGCAGUCCAAAUGAUCUUCGUAAAGAGUCGGAAAUUGGAAUGGAAUAUAUCCAAAAAUCGAUUUUUUCUUAA